UAGGAAGCAGGAGCGUCAAACAUAGACUAUAUGGUUGCAAAGGAACUAAAUGUUUUUAACUCCGUGUUAAGUUAUAAAACUUUUGCGUCAGAUACAAACAGUUAAGUGCUCGGCUGUUGGGUAGAGGUGACCAGUAAGUAGCGUCCACUGAUAGCAAUGACAUUGACAGGCGAGUGCUCGAUAUGAAAUUAAAUACCGUUAGGUUAAGUAAAAAAACGGCCUGUGACAGUCACUUCCGCAUUAAGAUGUGGAACCCCAGAUGGCCGUGUUCGGCGUCGUCUGCAACGUACCUGGCCGUUGUUGGGUCAGUCUGAGGAGUGAAUCACGAAGAGUUGUGUAGUACAAUGGUCUUACUCUGUGUUAAUCUUUUGAGGAGCAGUCGCUUCUGUUCCCGUCCUGCGCAUCUGACACGAAACUUCUGGGUCUGCAACGGAGCUGGACAUUCCCUGAAGAGGGCACCCUCUGUGUCCUCUCAGAUCAGCUGUCACGGAAGAACACACAAUGUUCACUUCAGAGCCUCUCCGACGGGACCACCUCUCUUCUUCUGCAGCAGUGGAAGGACGGUGUGUUUCCAGAUUAGUCCCAAAGCCACUUUACCCCUGCACCCCGGCCCUGUCCUGACACAGCGCGGACACCACUUCCACACCUCGGCCCCUGUGAGGGCCAUACCAGCUCCUCUCAUUUGGCUGGUGCUCAAACCUCUGCAGAAGCUCAUGGCUAUAAUACUGGGCAGGAGUAUAAGGAAGUGGUGGGUGGCUCUACCAGCCAACCGCCGGCAGCUCAUGCGCGAAUGGGUCUGGCAGCGCCGCUGGCAUCUGGCGGCAGGGACAGGCGUUGCUAUGGUGAUUAUAGUCCUCCUUCUCCUGACCCACCUGGAUGAGUCCCCGAUGACAGGACGGACCCGCCUCCUGGUGUUCAGCAGGGAGAACUACAUGGAGCUGGCAGCUCGCACCUCGGAGAUGUACAUGGAGGAGUUUGCAGAGCUGCUGGUUCCAGUCACUGACCCCCGUCACCAGGUGGUGGAGCGGGUGGUGCAGCACCUGGCACAGAGGAACAAGGACAUCCCUGAAGUGUCUCAGGUCACCUGGAGCGUUCACUUGGUGCAAAGCCACGACAUCAAUGCCUUUGUCCUCCCGAACGGGAAAGUGUUCAUGUUUACGGGGAUGCUGGACGCCGUGGCAGAUGUUCACCAGCUCACUAUUGUUCUGGGACAUGAGAUGGCCCAUGCUUUAUUGGGACACUCUGCGGAACAGGCCAGUCUGUCUCAUGUCGUGGACCUCCUGUCCCUUAUUCUGCUGACAGCCAUCUGGGCUGUGUGCCCUCGAGACAGCCUGGCACUGCUGGCACAGUGGGUACAGGACAAGCUUUCCCAGUUAAUGUUCACCCGUCCCUACAGUAGGAAACUGGAGGCUGAGGCCGAUCAAGUCGGAUUGCAGUUGGCUGCUAAGGCGUGUGCAGAUGUGCGAGCAGGCCCCGUAUUCUGGCAGCAAAUGGACAUCAGAGACCAGCUGAAAGGAGAGCCCACCUUCCCUGAGUGGCUGUCCACACACCCGUCUCACAGGAACAGAGUCGCUCAGCUGGACCGCCUUGUACCACAGGCUCUGGAGUUGAGGGAGAGCUGCGUCUGCCCUGCUCUUCCUGCUACUGACCCUCGUGCCGUCUUCUCCAAGAGUGUCCGUGUGUUGCUGGAAAAUGCUCAAGACCAGAGGAGAGGAGGGCAAGAAGGGGCACACAAGCCCCACCUGCCCCACCGCCCGGCCUCACUCCCCACUGAACUGCCUGCAGCUCUGCUUGCCUCCCCAAAUGUGAAUCAAGAAAGCAAAGUACCUGUCCAGUCUGUAGCUUCAGAGUUAGCUGUAUCAACCUCUGUCCCUGCUGCUGCUGAGGGGGGAGAGUCCCACGUGGUGCAGAGCACCAGCUGACAGAAGUGUUAAAUCCUCACAAAUGUGUAGACUGACUAUUAUAUAAAUUAAUGAGUGAAUACGAGAGUGAUUGCUGUAUUGGCCUGCUAGCCUAAAAGAUGGUUUUCAUGGUUAUUAAAAUUUCAGAGCCCCUGAGUGCACAGGUGGUAAAAGGA